UUAACCAGACGACACCUUUUCAAGCUCAUUCACGAACAAAGUUCUAACCUGAAAUAUCACGGUUCUGUUACAGCCUGAGCUGGUAAAACUGAUGGACACAUCUGCUUUCUGGUUUGUGGUGGUAGCCACAAUGUGGGGAGGAACCAAUCCUCUUCUCAAGAGAGGCAGCAAGGGUGUAGAAAGGAUCAGGGAGCAUAACAGGAUUCAACAAUUCUUAUCAGAACUCAAAUUUCUAUUUUUUAACUGGAAGUAUCUGGUUCCAUUCUGCAUCAAUCAAGGGGGAUCUGUGAUAUACUACCUAACACUGGCUACAGCAGAUCUAUCUUUGGCUGUCCCCAUCACCAAUUCCUUGACCUUUAUCUUUACAUCCAUAUCAGGCACACUGAUGGGGGAGAAACCUCCAUCCAGGGACACAUGUUUUGGAAUGAUGUUGGUGGUGUGUGGGGUGGCACUCUGUGUGUUGGAUAAAGUAUGACUCGUCCAUCAGGCUCCAGAUAUUGUGCAAUGGUGACUAACUCUAAUUCUGUCGGUCAGCAGAACUGUCCAAUUUCAUUUUAACAGACCAUGUACACACCAGUGUCAAGACAAACAGACCAUGUACACACCUGUGUUAGUGUAAACAGACCAUGUACACACCUGUGUCAGUGUAAACAGGUCAAGUACACACCAGUGACAGUGUAAACAGACCAUGUACACACCUGUGUCAGUGUAAACAGACCAUGUACACAUCUGUGUCAGUGUAAUCAGACCAUGUACACACCUGUGUCAGUGUUAACAGAUCAUGUACACACCUGUGUCAGUGUAAACAGACCAUGUACACACCUGUGUCAGUGUUAACAGACCAUGUAUACACCUGUGUCAGUGUAAACAGACCACGUGAUACACACCUGUGUCAGUGUAAACAGACCAUGUACACACCUGUGUUGGUGUAAACGGACCAUGUACACACCCGUGUCAGUGUUAACAGAUCACGUACACACCUGUGUCAGUGUAAACAGACCAUGUACACACUAGUGUCAGUGUAAACAGACAAUGUACACACCUGUGUCAGUGUAAACAGACCAUGUACACACCUGUAUCAGUGUAAACAGACCAUGUACACACCUGUGUCAGUGUAAACAGACCAUGUACACACCUUUGUCAGUGUAAACAGACCAUGUGAUACACACCUGUGUCAGUGUUAACAGACCAUGUACACACCUGUGUCAGUGUAAACAGACCAUGUACACACCUGUGUCAGUGUAAACAGACCAUGUGAUACACACCUGUGUCGGUGUAAACAGACCACGUGAUACACACUUGUGUCAGUGUUAACUUCAUUAACAUAUCAGUAUUUUUGGAAUUUCUUGGGUUGCAAAAAUAUCUGUUCAAAAUUUGAAAGCCUUAGAAACUGUAUGCAUAUAGAUUUUUUCCAGAAUUAAUCAUUUGUCAGUAAUAUUUAGUCUGAAGUUUGUACAAGCAUAAUGUGAUAUAAAUACAUUUGUCGACAGUAGUGAAGUGAGGGGUGGAAACCCAUAGGACCUUUUGGUUUUUUUGUUACAAUAAAACUUUCUGUACUGAU